AUGAAACAGACUACUUACGAGCUCCCCUUUGCCAGGACACCGCACGGGCAGACAUCGCUGACGGAUCCGUGUGGCUACGCACACGCUGAUCCCGAACCUAAAUUAGGGGCAGAAGUUUUGUUGCCAACCGUUGGAAACGGUAAUUGCCCUUCAUUUUUGGCUGCUGCUUUAGCUAGAGCAACUUCAGAUGAAGUCCUUCAGAGUGACCUUUCAGCACACUACUUACCAAAGCAUGUGGACAACGCAGAUGGGAUCAUACAGAUUGAGACAGUGAAGCUGGCCCGCUUAGUUUUUAGCAAACUGCACGAGAUCUGCAGCAACUGGGUGAAAGACUUUCCACUCCAGCCAAAGCCCCACCGCUACUACGAGACAUCCAUCCAUGCCAUCAAGAAUAUGCGCAGGAAGAUGGAAGACAAGCACGUCUGUAUCCCAGACUUCAACAUGCUCUUCAACCUUGAGGACCAAGAAGAGCAAGCUUAUUUUGCAGUGUUUGAUGGUCACGGGGGAGUGGACGCUGCCAUCUAUGCCUCCAUCCAUCUCCACCAGAACUUGGUCCACCAGGAGAUGUUUCAGCAGGACCCGGCAGAGGCACUGUGCCGAGCUUUCCGGGUGACCGAUGAGCGGUUUGUCCAGAAGGCAGCAAGAGAGAGUCUGCGCUGUGGAACCACCGGGGUGGUGACUUUCAUCCGAGGAAACAUGCUGCAUGUGGCUUGGCUUGGGGACUCCCAGGUCAUGCUCGUGAGGAGAGGCCAGGCUGUGGAACUGAUGAAACCCCACAAACCAGAUCGAGAGGAUGAGAAGAAGCGCAUCGAGGCACUCGGUGGCUGCGUGGUCUGGUUUGGAGCCUGGAGGGUGAAUGGGAGCCUGUCAGUCUCCAGAGCUAUUGGGGAUGCUGAGCACAAGCCAUACAUCUGUGGGGAUGCAGACUCUGCCUCCACUGUACUAGAUGGCUCUGAAGACUACCUCAUUUUAGCCUGCGAUGGCUUCUACGACACAGUCAAUCCCGAUGAGGCAGUCAAAGUGGUGGCUGACCAUCUAAAGGAGAAUAAUGGCGACAGCAGCAUGGUAGCACAUAAAUUAGUGGCAUCUGCUCGGGAUGCCGGUUCCAGCGACAACAUUACUGUCAUUGUGGUAUUUCUCAGGGAUAUGAAUGCAGCAGUCAGCGUCAGCGAGGAGUCGGACUGGACAGAGAACUCUUUUCAAGGUGGGCAAGAAGACGGUGGGGAAGAUAAGGAGAACCAUGGCGACUGCAAAAGGCCGUGGCCCCAGCACCAGUGCUCAGCACCUGCAGACCUAGGGUACGAUGGACGAGUGGAUUCCUUCACCGACAGAACUAGCUUAAGCAUAGGAUCGAGCAUCAACCUGUUUGACGAUCAAGGCUAUUUAGACCUGACAAAAACAGAAACUAGUACACCUCAGAGUGCCAAAUGUCCGCCACCAAUUCAAGCGUUUAGUCCUGGCAUACCAAAGAGUGCGAGUGUGAUCAGCGGCUCAACAGCAAAGAAGGAAUCACCGGAGCGCGCCGCGUCGUCGAUCUGUGGACAGAGCGAUCCCAGGGAGUACAACGCUCCUCUCGCCUCGGGGGCCACAGGGCAGAGCCUCUACAGGGUGAAGGGUUUCUCCCCCGUUGUCUUUGGGCUGGAAGACGAACUGUUCAGAUCCUUGGGAAAACGAGCUGUGUCCUUUCGCUUCCGGCUCUGUAACGGGAAGAGGCGACGAGCAGCCAGGCUCAGACCAAAGUUUCCCAUGCCGCUCCUGGCUCGAGAGCCUUCCCGUGUAGGAUCGAGUCUGUCCCCACCUGUGCGGGGCCGCAGCAGCACGAAGCUGUUGGCAGGACGCUCCCCGUGGCGGAGGCUGCCUGGGCCCAGCGCUUACAGCCAGAGCGCGUUUUCGAUGCGAAGACAAACCUUAGCUGUUGUCAGCGUUCUCUUUAGCUGCAGCGUAUGUUCCAAGUCAGAUUUACUGAGGAAAUUUGAGAAACGACAUCUUGGACCACGAGCAGGGGAUGCUGGCUGCGAGCGCCUGGCCUACUCCUGCUCCCGCACGGGUAGCUGCGGGGCGAGCCGGGCACUGCUGUUCGCCCUCCAGUACGUUCCUGUUCGUGAAACUAGCGUGUGCGGUGUGAAGUGGAUAAAGUAA